AUGAAAAAGACUAUUGCAAAUGGUGAUUUUGGGGGCUUCAAGAUUAACGAGGAUGAGAAUGUGAAUAUUUUACAAUUUGCGGAUGAUACUGUCAUGGUAGCGGAAGGAGACACCACGAAUUUGUGGACCAUGAAGGUUAUUCUAAGGGCCUAUGAGAUAAUGUCGGGGUUGCAGUACCUAGGUGUUAAAGUGGGUGGUAACCCGAGGAAGCUUGCAAUAUGGAAAGACUUGAUCAUUAUGUUAAGACAAAGAUUGGAUGUUUGGAAAGGUAUUGAUCUCAACAUAGCGAGGCGCCUCGAGUUUAAAAGGACUGUUCAUUGGGUGAGUUGGGACACCGUGUGCAAAACUCGGGAAAAAGGAGGCUUGGGAAUCAAGAAUAUGAAGGUUAUGAAUAUGGCAUUGUUGAGUAAAUGGAAGUGGAGGAUUUUGAUAGAAGAUGAAGCGGUGUGGCGGGGCAUUCUUGUUUCUAGAUACAGAAACAUUAAAAAUAAGGUGUUGUUUCAUCCAAGGUUGGUAACGGUUCAGACAUUCCUUUUUGGUACGGGACCUAGGCCGGAAAUUAGCCAUUGGCGCAAGAGUUCACGGAGUUGUUAG